GUAUAUAAAAUGAUUAAUCGAAGGUGAAAACUUCUAGGGUAAAAGAAAAUGGAGAAAGGGAUGAUAUCACUGGAUCAAUGGAGUGAAACAAGUCAGGUGUAUUUUUUGAGUCAUUUUCAUGCUGAUCAUACAAAAGGAUUAUCUUCAAAAUGGAACAAAGGAUUGAUUUACUGUUCUCCAAUUACUGCUAAGCUUUUUCCAGUAAAAUUUCCGGGUUUCAGGGUUUCAUUAAUUAGGGUUUUGGAAGUUGGUUCAUUACACUCGAUUCCUUUGGUUUCUCCCUCUACUGGAUCUCAAACUAUUAUUCAAGUUACUACCAUCGACGCUCACCACUGCCCUGGUGCCGUAAUGUACUUGUUUCGUGGGGAAUUUGGAUGUCUACUUUUUACAGGGGAUUUUCGCUGGGAAAGUAGUAGUGAAAGAACCUUGAUGGGGAAGAGUAUGCUUCUUAAUGCUCUUGGUGGUGAGAAAGUGGACUUUCUUCACUUGGAUAAUACCUAUUGCAAUCCGUCUUAUUCUUUUCCUCCUCGUGAAGUUGUUGCUCGCCAGAUUGUGAAAAUUAUUGCUUCACAUCCUCAGCAUGAUGUUAUCAUUGCCAUCAACACACUUGGGAAGGAAGAUCUUUUACUUCACAUUGCAAGUGCUUUAAAUACAAAGAUAUGGGUGUGGCCUGAACGCUUGCAGGUCGUGCAUGUCUUAGGUUUCUUUGACGUUUUUACAACAAAUACUUCUCUCACUAGAAUAAGAGCAGUUCCUUUCUACAGUUUCAGCAUCGACACUCUUGAGGGAUUAAAUAGCAUGCGCCCUACCAUUGGAAUCAUGCCUUCCGGUCUUCCAUGGGUGGUAAGACCGCAUGGUGACCCCUCCCCUAGCUCUUCCCUUUCAGUUAGCGAUGAUUUAAGCAACUGCAACACAAAUGGAAAUCAUCAGCAGAAUGAAGAAUUGAGCUGUGUUAGAAAGUUCCAUAAGUAUAUAUAUACUUUGCCAUACUCCGAUCACUCGUGCUUCAACGAAAUCCGUGAGUUCGUUAAGCUCGUCCAGCCUUUAAACAUCAAAGGAAUAGUUUCUUCAUCAUCUUGCUACAUCGAUCCUCGUUACUACUUCCGUGAUCUGCAUGGACAAGAUGAAUGCAACGAGCCUUCAAGCAACAAGUUUCAACAACAUUCUGAGAAACUUCAGCAAGAAACUCCCGAUACCAGUGCUGGGAAGUUUGUAACCAAAUCUUCUAAGGGAAGGCAUACAGUCCAUACACAGAUAAGAACUGAAAGAUCCUUGAGGAGGAAAUCUGGUUACUUGGGUUUGAUUAUGAGCAGGGUAAGUAUUUUAAGAAGACGAAAACGUGGUGCAAAAAUUCUGGAAAUCGACAUUGUUGAUUGAUUUGGCAUUAUUAUCUGUGGGAAAUUUCCUCCAAAGGGAAGUAGCUUUCAUCAGUCUGGCAUGUCUUGAGUUUGGGACUAGACUAUUACUGUAUUAGCCUGGACCGAAUCCUGGACCUGGACCCGGCAUUGGCGAGUUGGGUUGGGUGCAAAUGUAUGUCAACUUUCAGGCCCAGAGACCACUCUUGGCUAUGCCUGUCUGUGUCACCAACAGUAUGACAGAAAACUGAAGAUUACACUGCUCAAUUUGUCUCC